UGGCCAGCUCGCCUUUCAUAACCAGGCAAGGAAUAAAUAGUUUCUCUGGUUUCAGACUGCAAAGAGUCCAUCUGUGAAUUCUGAGAACCCAACAGCCAGGAUGGUUUUUCUUCCAGGCCUUGUUGGCUUUCUGUUUGUGCUCACAGCAGAAGCCAAGAUUGGAAAGUCUGUGGGGUCAUCGAUCUGCACUGAGACCAAAGAGUGUUUGGAUUUUGAUUUGAUUUGUGAGACUGAAAACUACGAGGUUCGCCACUACGACUCAGCGAAAUGGGUUUCAACUCAAGAGGAAUCUUACUUCAUGGAAAUGGCAACAAGCAGAGCCUUCAGACGUCUCUUCAAGUACAUCACCGGGGCGAACGCCAACGGAACUAAAAUUGACAUGACGACCCCUGUCCUUAUAGACGUGAAGGACAAGCCCUUUUGGAAAAUUGGUAAUUUCACAAUGAGUUUCUUGCUGCCGUCUGAGUAUCAGGAGGAUCCUCCUCAGCCUACUGAUCCCAGCGUGUACUUACACGAAACUCCAGACAUGAACGUGUAUGUGCGCAGCUAUGGAGGGUGGAUGACAACCUUUACUGACACGUCGAAGGCCUCUGGUCUUUCCCAAGACCUGAAAUCAGCAGGUGCAAAAUUCAACAAACAAGUCCACUACGCCGUUGGAUACAACAGUCCAAUGACACUGCUUAACAGGCGCAAUGAGGUGUGGUUCUUUGCAGAGGAUGACCCAGUUUGCUCCAGCAGCAGCAGUGAGGAAUCAGUCUAGUCUCCUGCCUCUCGGACCCUGAGAGGCCUGCACGGAGCGAACAGCGCAUUCAGAGAGAACCUGUAGCAGAAUAAUACUCCUAGACAUGAAACUUUCAAAAUAACAUAAGUGAAAGCAGAGAGAUUUUGAAAAUGAUUUGAAGACUUUGUACCGGUUUUUCCGAUGGAUGUUUUUAUAUAAUCAAUAAAUAUACGUUUAGCAGUGA